AUGGCCACUCUAUCCGACUUCACACUCGUCAAAGAUGACAACCCGCUUGACGUCCACGCGCAGUUUGACGACUUACGAUCCCGCUGCCCCAUGGCGUUCACGUCUGAUAACGGCGGCUUCUGGAUGCUGUCGAAAUACGAAGAUGUCAAGCGACCCCCAGCCCACACGCCGUACCGCACGGCCUUGGAUCGAACCCUGAAGCCCGCCCGUAUCCUGAAGCUCGAGUCCGUCCUGACGGAGCACGCGACGCGAGAGUUCGCCAACAUGGUCAAGGCGGGCGGCGGAGACAUGUGCGGCGAUUUUGGCGCGUCUUACGCUGCUUGGGUCGAGGUUAGCUGGCUGAACCUAGCCGAUGACACCGCGCCGGAACUUGCGCGGACGGCAACGGCGUGGAUCAAUGCGUGGCGGCAACAAAAUGGGGCGGAGACCACAAUCCAGUCCGAGAAGCUCUACACGAUAGCUCGGCAGCUGUUUACCCAACGUCGCGCCAACCCGAUGGAUCCGGAGCAAGAUCCUUGUUCCGCAACACUCCGUCAAUCGCUCGUCGUUGGCAUGGUAGCCCCUCCCAUCAUCAUCGGCAGCAUUUGCAACCACCUCUCGGGGGAUAAGGAGUUGCAACAAAAGCUACGCCAGGAGCCGUCGCUCGUGGAUGCCGCAGUGGAAGAGUUUCUUAGGCUCUACGUUCCUUAUAGGGGUUUCUGCCGAACACCAAAGGAGAACUUUGAGCUUCAUGGCCGGGUGAUAGAAGCCAAUCAACCCAUUUCCAUGACGUACGCUGCGGCCAACAGAGACCCCGAGGUGUUUGAGGACCCCCACAAGUUUAUACUAAACCGACCCAAUGCAACCUCUCAUUUGGGGGCAUUACGGGUAGCAUUGAGGGUCAUCCUCCGCGAUUCUGCCGAUAUUGAGGUUUCCGGCUCAUUAAGCUACGCAAAAAUGCCCGAGAUGGGCAUCACCAAAUGCCCCGUAAUCAUUAAGGGUGCUGGCGAUAACUAA